ACAGGGAAGUGGUGCCGGCCGCUUCUGAGAGCAGCACAGGGCCCGCAGCACCACAGGGGGCAAUCCCAUGGGCUGGAUCCAAAGUCCUGAAGGGCUGGAUCCGGCCCGCAGGAAGUAGUUUGCCCAGCCCCCUCUACACUGAAGUGCUACAGGGGCACAGCUAUACCGGUGCUGUUGCAGCCUUUCAAGUGUAGACAAGCCCCCAGUCACGAUCUCCAAACACAAAACCUUAACAAGCACCCGGUUGUGUUAGGGCAAAAGGAACUUGCCAAGUGCAUGGGCCAUGUGACAGUCAGAGGUGCUGAGCUCUUGAGAGAAACACAUAUGAGGUCACUGUUCAGGGUGCAAGUUUGCUGACGUUGGGUACAUGUUGCGUUUGGUUGUUUAGAAAUGGAAGUGGAAGCCUUGAGGGCUCAAGUAGGGAACUCCCAGCCCUACAGGCAAUACAAAUGUGGAAAGAAAUGCCAAAGUCUUUCCUCUUCAGUUUUAUUUCCACAUGUUAACAGUUUUGGAUGGAGGCGUGUGUGGGGGUGUAACCUUGGCUGCCAUUGUUCUUGCUAAUUAUUUCUAGCUCUGCCAUACCCAGAGGGCUCAAUAGAGAUCAGGGCCCAGUUGUGCUGGGAGCUGUACAAAUGCCAAAUAAGAGACUGCCCCUGCUGCCAAGUGUUUCUAAUCUAAAUAGAGACAAGAGACAUGACAGUUGGGGGUAGAACAAAGCAGAGCUCGUCAGAAAACAGACAUUUUCCUUAUGAGAAAUUACAAAAAAAAACCAAAAUUAAAAAUCUUUGUUCAAAAAUUCAUUUGACAAUUUUCAGGUUUUCCCACAAGUUUUCGUCUUAUUAAAAACCAGAAUUUUCAUUUUGAAUCAACUUUUCGAUUUGACUUAAAGCAUCGUUUCAUUUCAUUCCCCCCCGACCACAAAAACAAACCAAAAAACACUAAAGGAAGCAAUCCAUGUCAAAACAAAACUAAAAUUUUCAUUUCAUUUUCAAACGUUAAUUCAAAAUAAUAUAAAAAAAAUCAUCCCUAAUUUGCCUGCAGGAAAACAAACAUAUUUCACUGGAAUUUUCCCAGAAAGUUUUCAGUUUCAAUAACACAUUGUUCAGCAGUGGGAAAGCUUUCCACACUAAACCUUUCAACCAGAUCUAAGAAGGAAGUUAAAACCUUAAGAAGCAUGUGGUGCCACUGGAUGUGUUCAUUUUCUGCAAGGCGAGGCUGGGUCACUGGGCAGCAGGAAGCUGGUUACACACCUCCCAGGAUCUGCCAAAUAAGAGAAGGCUGGGAAUACUUAGGUGAUUAAUAUGAAAGGUUUCAUGGUGGAAAUCCACACACAUUUCAGAAACUCCUUCCUAAUCCAUUUUCCACCAGGCCCUGUAAUAGGUCCUGGUACAAGGAGCAACAAACAAAAACAGAACAUCCCAACCACAGCUAUUAAACCACUAUGCAUUGAGUAAGACACUUCCCCCUUAGUGUUUCCGAGGGAAGUGAGGUAGGGUAGAUAAGAGGAACCUUGCAGUGAAAGAACUAGUUAGAGAGGCUGUUUCAUUGCAAACGCCUGCAGGAGAAACCCGGACCCGGGACUUCCCACUAACACAAAGGAGGGAUUCUCCUGGAGGCUCACCUGGAAUCUACGCCCCCACAGGCAUUGGGGAGAGGCAGAACAAUGAGGAUUUUCCCCAUUCUGGGUUGGAUGCUUUUCCCAGGCUGCUGGGCGGUGACGGGCCCCAGGGCAGUGCGCGGCCCCGCGGGCGGGUCGGUGGCUGUGCGGUGCCGGUACCGGGCGGGCUAUGAGGAUUAUCCGAAGUUCUGGUGCCGGGAAGGUUAUUUGCGCUGUUCCGACGGGCUUCACAUCAUCGAGACCGAUGGGUCGGAAGUGGAGGUGACGCGGGGCAGCGUCUCCAUCCGAGACAAUCACACCCAGCGCGUGUUCACCGUGACCGUGGAGAACCUGACACCGGCAGACGCCGGCUGGUACCACUGCGGGGUAGAGAGAACUGGGCGUGAUCUCAAGGCCACUGUGGAACUCACCGUCUCCCCAGCUACUUCUUCCCCACCCCCAACAGAAAGGUCAUCAUCAGCGACAGUGCAACCAGCUUCUUCCACGACAAAAUCUACUUCCAUCUGGACAACUGCUGAGGAAGAGAAAUCCAGCUUCUCCACUAACCAAGACGCCACGUCCCCUGUGCCCCAAGACUCAGACAUCACUUUCUACAUCCUGCUACCAUGCAUCUUGCUGGUUCUCAUUUUGUUUCUGCUCGCUGCUGUGAUGUUGGUGAGACUGUCCAAGAAGAGGAAAAAAGCGCUUUCAGGAGCAUCUGUGCAGAGGGACAAGAAAAUCAACCUGUCUAAUUUGGGGUCAGAAGAGACAGAAGAGGUUUCUUAUGUCACUGUGACGAUUUCCACCCCCGACCAGCAGCCCAUCUAUGCCAACGUGGAGCAGCGCCCCAAGACAACACGACCAGCCAAGCCCCCUGAGGAAACCCUGUACAGCACUGUGAAGUAGCUGCCCAAACCCUAACUCUGGAUAUGAGGCAGAGUGGGGAUGGGGGCUGCAUAGUCCUUAUCCAAGCUGCUUGAUCCCUAUCUGGCAAAAUUUGAAGCAACAGGGUUUAGCACCAAAUCUGACCUGUUCAAACUCCGGCAGCUGUUGUAGGCAGAGGAUUUACAGACACACUCAGCCUGGAACUGGAGUCUGUGGUUUGUCCAAUGGACAGGUGGCCUGAUGGAAUUAAUCAGUUGCUGUUCUCUUGUGAGGAGUGAGUUCAAAGAGCCAAUGGCUGGACUUACAGACAAUGAAACUCCCCGGGAUCUGGUCAGCAGGACAGGAGAGAAACCUUGUCUCUGUGUUUGAAUUUCAUGCACUUGGUGCAAAAAGGGAGCUUAGCAGGACCACGAAGGAAACCUGCCUGCAGGAGGAGUUUCCUCAAGAUCAGGAGAGAGGGUAGUUCCCCCUAUCACCACCUCCGACGGCAAGUUCACCUGGAAACAGACCCAGGCAUCCGAGAGAUGGAUGAAAAUAUAAUUUAUAUGCUCACAGGUGUCCUUGUGAUUAAAUCUAUCAGGAUCUAGAAUCAAAUCAGGUCAAGCGCCUACAUCCCAGCCUGAUUUCAUACAGGAACUUAAAAUGCACAGAACUGAAUUUUGAACUGGCCGGACAUAGGGUGAUCACCAUCUACAAAAGAAGAAGUGCAUGGGGAGUAACCUGGGCCUCGGAGCUGUAUCUAUGCGUUAUUGAGGGGGAUGGUAUUAUUAAGGUUGCCUCUCAACACUUCCCAUUAUAAGACCCUGUUUUAGUUGCUUAGAACUUUGCCAAAACAUGAAUUUUACAAUUUCCAUGGCAGGUGUCUACCAUGUUUUGGUUGUUGUUGUUGUUGUUUAAGUUUCAACCCAACAGUUCAGAUAUUUCUGAGAACAAGGCCAGGGAUAAAUAUGCUGUGUUGCAAUGUUAACAAAAAUUCUCUCCACCUUUUCUUUGAGAAGCUCUAGUGCCUCCACACUUUGGAGCCGGGAGUUGAAAUCUGGCAGUCGGUGGCCCGUGUCUCAGAGACGUGCCUGUUGCUGUGAAAAUCCAGCCAAAUUUGGCCAAUUUAUAAGCCUUUGAAAAAUCCAUGUUUGUACAUGCUCAGUAAGAAUUUCUUCCAAUUGCACAGGCCACCUUAAUUCCUGCAUCUCUGAACUUUUCACUGCUUGAUUUUGCAUCCUUAAUAUUCUUUUAAUAUAUUUUUUGCAUGUAAUAUGUUAUGCAAGGAGGGCCUUCUAACCACCGUCUUUCCCUCACCCUGCAGUAUGGGUUGAUGGUGUGAAAAUUAUAUUUAUUUUUCUUGCAGAUUUAAGACUUUCUUCUUGAAAAGGGAAUUUGUGAUCAUCCAGAAACAAUGAAUUAUUAUUAAUUCUGUUUCACUGGCAACAGUCAUUUAUACUGCAUGAGCAGUGUUAAUCAGGCUCCCUGCGGAAAGCCCAGUGAAGGUGAGAGGGUUGAAAAGUGACUGAACAUUGCUGCACUUCUUAAUAAAUAUGUGGAGCCAGCCAUGAAUUUCAUGCAUUGCUGUGAAUCGUGGGAAACAAAAGGACCCUGGAAACAGAAGGCGUAAUAAAAAAGAUCUGGCUUGUGUUUGAGGUGCUGAGCUAGGGUGUAUAAGAUCUAGAGUCAAUUCCCACCUCUACCACAGACUUCCUCUGUAACUAUGGGCAAGUCACUCACCUCUUCGUGUGUCAGUUCCUCGUCUGCAAAACAGAAGUAAUACUACUGCCCUACUUCACAGGGAUUUUGUGAGAGUUAACUAACAUCUGUGAAAUGCUCACUUACUAUAAGGAGUGGGGUUGUAACAAGUGUCAGCACCCAUCUGUUGUGAGCACCCCCUUCUGGCCGAUGCACGCCAGCAAUUACUCAUUUUUUUCGCAGGGCAGCACCUACCUCUCACAGGCAAACACUUUUUAGUUGGGGGUGAACCUGCUUUUCUUUGGGUUCUGGUGCCCCCCUGGCCACUGGUUGUUCAGCAGGUCUUCAGCAACUCAGCCCUCCGGCCAAGACACAUACAUCAUCACCCCUUCCGGGGUAUACAAUCUCUCCUUCUCCCAGUCCUGGUAUGGGGAAUUAGCACCAAGUCUUCCUCCCAAGAGGCACUGCCUUCUUUAACAGCCUAACAGGGGCCCAUCUCAGGCCUGGUCUACACUACGCAUUUAAACCGAAUUUAGCAGCAUUAAACCAAUUUAACCCUGCACUCGUCCACACAAUGAGGCCCUUAAUAUCGAUAUAAAGGGUUCUUUAAACCGGUUUCUGUACUCCUCCCUGACGAGAGGAGUAGCGCUGAAAUCGGUAUUGCAAUGUCGGAUUAGGGUUAGUAUGGCCGCAAAUCGACGGUAUUAGCCUCCGGGCGGUAUCCCACAGUGCACCAUUAUGACCACUCUGGAAAGCCAUCUGAACUCAGAUGCACUGGCCAGGUAGACAGGAAAAACCCUGCAAACUUUUGAAUUUCAUUUCCUGUUUGGCCAGCGUGGAGAGCUCACCAGCACAGGUGACCACGCAGAGCUCAUCAGCACAGGUAACAGUGCAGUCUCCUGAGAAUCGAAAAAGAGCUCCAGCAUGGACCGCACGGGAGGUACUGGAUCUGAUCGCUAUAUGGGGAGAGGAUUCCGUGCUAACAGAACUCCGUUCCAAAAGACGAAAUGAAAAAACAUUUGAAAAAAUCUCCAAGGCCGUGAUGCAGAGAGGCCACACCAGGGACUCAGUACAGUGCCGUGUGAAAAUUAAGGAGCUCAGACAGGCCUACCAGAAAACCAAAGAAGCAAAUGGAAGGUCCAGGGCAGGGCCGAAAACAUGCCGCUUCUAUGCUGAGCUGCAUGCAAUUCUAGGGGGGAGUCCGCCACCAGUUCCCCACCCCUGUCCGUGGAUUCCGAGGUGGGGUUGGUAAUCUCAGCCAUGGCCGAGGAUUCUGUGGAUGGGGAAGAUGAGGAGGAGGAGCUUGCAGAGAGCACACAGCGCUCCGUUCUCCCCAACAGCCAGGAGCUUUUUCUCACCCAGACGGAAUUACUUUCCCAGCCCUCCCAAGCCAGUAGCCCAGACAAUGAAGCUAUGGAAGCAACCUCUGCUGCAAUUUUUUCAAGCCUCUCUACUCCAUCCUGAAGGCUAUCUCAGAUAAGGCAGUGGAAAACAAAGACACGAGAUGAAAUGUUCCCCGAAAUCAUGGAAGUGACCCGCAAUGCAAGAGCUCAUCUGAAUGAGUGGAAAGACGCGGUAUCAAAUUACAGGAAAGAUGCCAGUGAAUGUAAGGACAGGAGGGACGCUUGAGAUGAGAGGUGGCGGCAGGAAGAUCAGAGGAGGCAUGACGCAACGCUGGGGCUGCUGCGUGAUCAAACUGACAUCCUCCGACGUCUGGUGGAGCUUCAGGAACAGCAGCAGGAUCACAGAGUGCCGCUGCAGCCCCUGUAUAACCACCCUCACCAUGUUCCAUAUCCUCCUCACCCAGACGUGUAAGAACACGUGGGGGAAGGCUUUGUGCACCCGCCCACUCCACCCGCGUGCACAGCCCAACCAAAAGGCUGUCAUUAUUUUAAAAUUUUUUUAGUGGCCUUUUCCUUCCCUCCUAUCCUCCUCCCAAACCACACCUGGGCUACCUUGUCAGUUCUCUCCUUUUUAUAAUGAAUUAAUAAAGAAUACAUGAUUUUUAAA